AUGAAUGCAUAAUUAACCUCAGAAAUCAGAAUCAACAGAAACCAAAUAAUGGGAAUUCCAACUGUGUUAGCUUUACCAUAUGCAGCACAAGGGCAUGUGAAUCCCAUGAUGACGUUCUCACAGAAGUUGGUUGAGAAUGGAUGCAAAGUAAUUUUUGUGAACACAGAGUUUAACCACAGGAGAGUGGUGAGUUCCAUGGUGGAGCAACAAGAUGAAGAAUCAGUGCUGAAGUUGGUAUCAAUCCCUGAUGGUUUAGGACCUCAUGAUGACAGAAACGAUCAGGCCAAGCUUUGUGAGGCCAUUCCAAAAACCAUGCCAGAAGCACUUGAGAAGCUCAUAGAGGAUAUUCAUGUAAAAGGUGAGAGUAGAAUCAACCUCAUUGUUGCAGAUUUGUGCAUGGCUUGGGCUUUGGAUGUUGGAAGGAAAAUGGGAAUCAGAGGAGCAGUGUUGUGUCCAGCAUCAGCAACUAUUUUCACCUUGCUGCAUAGCGUCCCUAUGCUUAUUCAUGAUGGCAUUGUAGACUCUGAUCUAGGAUUAACAUCAACGACAGACAGAAGAAUUCGGAUUUCGCCAUGUAUGCCUGAGAUGGACACAGAAGACUUUUUCUGGUUGAAUAUGGGUGAGCCAAAAACUGGUAAAAAAGUGCUCAAGUAUUUGCUGUAUUGUGCAGAACAUAUUCAUUUGACAGAAUGGUGGCUUUGCAACACCACACCUGAACUUGAACCUGGGACAUUAUUGUACAUGCCGAAGAUCCUCCCAAUUGGGCCAUUGUUGAGGAACAAUGAUAAUGAUAAUAACAAAAGUGCAACUACAAAAUCAAUGGGACAAUUCUGGGAGGAAGAUCACUCUUGCAUGAGUUGGCUAGAUGAACAAGCUCAUGGUUCUGUGGUGUAUGUUGCAUUUGGAAGUUUCACUCUUUUUGACCAAAACCAAUUCAAUGAACUUGCCCUAGGACUAGACCUCACCAACAGAACUUUUCUUUGGGUUAUAAGAGAAGACAAUAAAAUGGAAUACCCUACAGAAUUCAAAGGGCACAAAGGUAAGAUAGUGAGUUGGGCUCCUCAACAAAAGGUUUUAAGCCACCCUGCCAUAGCCUGUUUUGUGACUCAUUGUGGUUGGAACUCUACCAUGGAAGGUUUGUCCAAUGGGGUACCUUUCUUGUGUUGGCCAUACUUUGGAGACCAACUUUCCAACAAAACACAUAUUUGUGAUGAGUUAAAUGUUGGAUUGGGGAUUGACAAAGAUAAAAAUGGAGUUGUAUCACGAGAGGAAUUGAAAAAUAAAGUGGAACAGUUCUUUAAUGAUGAUGAGAACAUGAAAUCUAGGUCUAUGGUGUUAAAGGAGAAAGUGUUGAACAACAUAGCAAAAGGAGGAACAUCCUAUGAGAAUCUUAAGAAGUUUGUGAAGGAGAUAGAAGAAUAAGAGUUGACAUUGUGUGAAUAUGUUAACUCUAGAUCUGGAUUAGUGUGUUUGUAUACCAUGUAGUUUAUGUAUUUCAUAUGCAGUUAUCUUCGGCUCAAGUUUAGCUUUUAAUUACUAAUGAAUUAUUUGCUUGUGAUAAAAAGAAUGUAACAAAUUUAUGACCAUGUGUAAA